AUGAAGGUUGAUUUUAAUGAUUACUUUUGGGGUGAAAAAAAUAAUGGGUUUGAUGUUUUGUACCAUAACAUGAAGUAUGGUCUUGUUGCCAGCAAAGAAUUUGCUGAUUUUCUUAGGGAAAGAUCCAAUAUAGAAGAAAACAAUUCAAAAUUAUUAAGCAAGUUAGCUAAACAAGCAAGUAGUUGUUGUGUACAUGGUACUUUUGCUCCUCUAUGGCAAGUUUUAAAAACCUCAGCCGAACGCUUGUCCUCACUCCACAUGCAAAUGGUACAAAAAGUAAGCGACUUAGUCAAAGAAGUUAGUAAAUAUGCUGAAGAACUACACAAGAAACAUAAAACUGUAAAAGAAGAUGAAUCAGGGACUCUGGAGGCUGUACAGGCCAUGCAAAAUAUUACUAUGAACGUUCAAAAAUCAAAAGACACCUACACACAGAGAGCCAUCGAGUUGGAAAAAUUAAAGCGGGAAAAUGCCUCCGCACGUGAAAUCGAAAAAGCGGAAAUCAAAUUGAAAAAAGCCCAUGAAGACUACAAGAAUUUCGUGGACAAAUACGGCGCUAUAAAAGAGGAUUUCGAGAAAAAAAUGAUGGUAACCUGCAAGAACUUCCAGGAAAUUGAAAACAACCACUUGCAACACAUGAAGGAGUUCCUGAACUGCUAUGCCGAAGUCGUCGAAUGGACUCACACGCAGAUGGGAAAAGUCCAUCUGGAGUUUCGGCAGCAAUGCGUGGAACUCACAGUGGACCAGCUGCUGGAGCAGUUUGUCCUCAAUAAGUCCACAGGCUUGGAAAGACCAGGUGUGCUGGAGCUGGAGGACGCGCUUUUGUCUCCAACUUUGGAGACGGCAGCUGAGCGUGGCGGCGAGGCAGCGAAGCCGACAAAACGCGAAGGUAACAGCAAUAGCGAGCAGACUGUGCCAACACAUGCCAAAUCUUCCCGUCGUACAACCUCCCUUCUCAAUCUCUUCAUGUCUAAUUCUCAGGGGUCUCGCGAGAGCAGAGCAGGGCCUUGCAGUGCCCCGUCUAGUCCAACUAGUCCGGAUGCUGAGCAACAGUUAACAAGACAUUCCAACAGAGGAUCCAAGUGGUUCUUGAGAAGCAGACGCGAUAAGGCUAAACAAAAGAAGUCCAAAAAGAAGAAGGAUAGCACUGACAAUCAGAGCAACAAGGAGGAAAAAUCAGAUUUGGAAGAAAAAGAGGAGACGCCCAAUGUAAGAACAGCGGCCGCGUCGGCCGAUUUCGCGCCGCCAGAAUUGGAUGAAGACGGUUAUGUUAUUAGGCCUAACGUCCAACACAAUUGGAACAACGAGAAAAAUUCGUUUUAUUCAUCUUCAGAUACAGAUUCUGACGAGGAAGGCGGUCGCAAGAUUCGCGUGGAAAUAAAACCGUUGAACAACGGUUCGGCUCCGAUGUCCGCAUCGGUGGACGAACUCAGAGCCACGGUCGAGAACCUGUACCUCUCUCCUACCGGAGGUUUCGGUCGUAGAGGCUCAAAUCUCGAUCAGGAGUUAGCAAUGAAACGUUCUCAGUCCGUUUCCCAGCAACUAGGAAAACCAAGUACUGAUUUAUUAGGCCUAAGUUUCGUUCAAAGCCCUACCGCUUCUAACGCUUCAACCCCAACUAGUUCGCAUCCGUAUGCACCUCUCCAAAGUCCAUCUCAGCUGGCUUUAAACUCACCAACUCUUUCAGUAUCUUCUAAAUAUGCUGAGUUGGGAGAUUUAUUCUCGGAAGACGGCGAGCUUCAGCAGCCGCCGCCAAAGCAGGCCGCAAGACAGACGCCGACUCCGACGUCGGGGUACAUGUCGAUCCCGCGGCCGCCUUCUCGCCGCUCGGACGCCUCGAGAAGUUUGAUCGCACAGCAGAGCAGCAGCAUCAGCAGAGCCGACAGCAUCAGCAGUUUGGAGUUUCGCACUGCUUGCGUGCCGGUGGGGGUUUCGCGAGGCCCUUCGCCGUUGACAAUCGGAAUGGCGGACACAAUUCCACUCGCAGUGGCCUUCCACGAAAUCGUGCACUCCUACUUCAGAGGGUCCGACGAAACGAGGUGCCAAGUCAAGAUGUCGGGAGAAAUGAUGCUAUCUUUCCCAGCUGGUAUUGUAACCAUCUUGGCUAACAACCCGAACCCCGCUAAACUGUCUUUCAGAGUAAAAAACACUCAGCGAUUGACCAGUAUUUUGCCUAAUAAGCAGUUGGUUUCUAUAGACAAUAUUGAAUCAUCCAGUGAUCAUAUAGGAGUUGAAUUUAACAUGUCAGCAUUGAGUUCGCUAUUGAAAAAACAAUCUGAACAAAACCCCAGUGCUUCUUAUUUCAACGUAGACAUACUGAAGUAUCAAAUUAAACCUAAACCGGGUGCUAACUCAUGCCCAUUCCAAUUGGUGGCUUAUUGGAAGUGCACCAACGCGCAUACGGAUUUAAAAAUUGACUACAAGUACAACUCGCACUCCAUGGGCUCUCCGACGCCCCUAUUGAAUGUCACUGUGGCAGUGCCAAUAGAUGGGGGCGUCAAAAAUAUGCACAGCAAACCGCCAGUAACAUGGCCUCAUGAUAAUAAUAGGAUAGUAUGGAAAUUCACGGAGCUUUCGCAGCAUUCGGAUAACCACGGCGUGGGUUCGAUGCUGGCGCGUUUCGACUUGGAAAACGGUCCCAGCAAUCCGGCAACAAUUUCGACCGGAUUUAACUGCGAAGGCACCACUUUGUCCGGAAUCGAUUUCCAGUUGGUCGGUCCGGGUUAUCGGCUGUCUCUAGUCAAAAGAAGAUUCGUCUCCGGUAAAUACAUAUGCGACGGGGAUCAAAAGUACAACUCGGGAACGGGGACGCCGUCCACCGGCUCUGCGGCUGCCAGCACAGUCUCCUCAGCCGGCGACCCAAAUUGCUAG